UAUAUAUUUCAAGCCGCAACCUGGGAAAUAAUUUUUGAAACGCCAAUCAACAAGAAAAAGGUGGAGAUAUUGGAUCAUGUUUGGGGGAGGUGGUGGCAACCCGCCACCCUACCCCUUUCCGAAGCCUCCCAGCUCAACUACAGGCAGUGAGCAGCCACCUGCAUCAGCCAAUGCAGUGUUUGGCCAGGCCACAGGUGCUCCCGGAACUUUUGGCCAGCCCAGCGCGCUAUUUGGCCACACCCCUACCACUGCUGGCUGGGGUGCACCAGCUGGCUCCACCCCAGCACCGGGUGGUGCAGUGUUUGGGAACAGCCAGAGCAUUGGAUCCAAUCCAUUUGGCCAGCAACCUACUCCCAGUGCAGGAGCACCUACAAGCAUGCCAACAUUUGGAAGUCAAAAUCAGCCACCUUCAAGCUCAUCUGUGUUUGGACAGUCAGAAUCUUCUGGGGCAGCCUUUGGUCAGCCACCCAGUACUGCUGCCCCAGCAUUCAGUCUAUCAGCUGGCACUACUUUUGGUUCAGCUGCAGGCCCAGGUUCAGCUGGGUUCCAGCCAACUGCACCAGUGUUUGGUGCCACUCUGGGGACAAGAAAGUCUUCAACUGAAGCCAAGCCCUCUUCAGGAGCUGCACACUCAGUGGCAGCCUCCACAUUUGCUGAUCAGGCUGGUUCGACAAUACGCAGCCUGUUUGGAGCUGGCGGCACUGACAGUGCCAGCUCAGUGGCCUCUGCAGGCACCUCUCUGUUUGGGAAGGGUGCUGGUGGUGCAGAUCCUGCUGGUGGCUCGCUGUUUGGGAAGGCGCCUGACGGUGCUGCUACUGCAGAUGGUCCCUCACUGUUUGGAAAGGCCCCUGGAGGUGCAGGAUCUGCUGGCUCGUCAUCUGCUGCAGGUGCCUCACUAUUUGGUAAAGCUGCUGAUGGUACUGGUCUGUUUGGCAAACAAAAGACAACGUCAGCCUCUGGUGUGGAUGCCCCGCCUGCUGCACCGCUGUUUGGAAAGACCUCGAGUGAAACCACGGGUCUAUUUGGCAAACCAAAGCGGACGCCGUCAGCGGACACGGAUGAAACGGAUGCCGCCGCGCCGCCGUCCUCGCGGCCCGCCGGAGCUGCACCUGGCCUUUUCGGGAAGACCGCCAGCGGCGUGGACUCGGCGGGCGCGGGAGCACCCGGCCUGUUCGGGAAGGCGGCGGAGGGCGGGUCGGCGGGCUCUGCUCCCGCUCUGUUCGGGAAGGAGGGCAGGUCGGAGCCGGCCGCUGCGUCCUCCUCCGGCCGGCUGCGCUCAGUGUUCACCCAGCCGGAUGGCCCGGCGCCGACCAGUAAGCGCCGUCCGGCCACCAGCCUGACCGAGGCCAGCCGGCGCUCGCUGGCCCGCACCGGACUGUUCGGCAAACCGCCUGAGGUCCGCACUGUCGACAAGUCGCCAGUGACCGGUCCGGCGGGCCCGCGCGUGCAGCGUCUCAGCUCUGCCGAGGAGCUGCAGCAGGUGACCUCACUGCUCUGCACCGACGUGCCCGAGGGGAACAACGACCGAACCAUCCUCACCAGACACUUCUCAAAGUUCGGCCAGGUCGUCAAAGUUACCUGCAACAAGGCCAAGAACACGGCAUCCAUUCAUUUUGCCGACCAUGCGGCCGCCGACGCCGCCAAGAGGCGCGGCGCGCGGGUCCACCCGAAGCUGCCGCCGAUGAGCCUCUAUUUCCGGCGGCCGGUGAAGAGCGCGGCGGCCGAGCCGGCGCGCCGCCCGCUGCCGCCGCUCGACGAUGACGUCUCGGACGAGCUGCGGAACAUGGCCGGCACUGGCGACACUCGAGACCCGCCUCGUCGUGCCGAGCUGCCGUCGGAACCCAAACCCCGCCGUCCUGAGGCGCCGCCGGAGCCCAAGGCCCGCCGUGCCCCUGCCGCCGCCACGGCCACCGUUCCGGCGCCUUCUGCAGUCCCGGCGGCGGCGGCAGCGCCCGUGGCGGCUGUGAACGUGUCCGAACUGCGGGCGGUGCUGCGACAGCCGGCGGCCUCGGCCAGUGACCGCUUCAGGGUGCUGGACGCCAGGGAUAAACUGCAGCGGGCAGCGCUGCGUCGCGAGGGUCCGGCUCGCUCCGGCCCUUUGGUCGGUACCUGCCCCGACAUGUGUCCUGAGAAGGAGCGAUACAUGCGAGAGGAGAAACAUCAGAUCAGCGGCCAGUACGAGCGGGACCGAGACAGGCAGGGCGGUUUCGAGAUGGACCACCGUCUGGCGGUGAAGCAGUACUCUCGCAGCUCCGCUGACCAGGAGGAGCCGCUGCCGCACGAGCUACGCACGCCGGCCGCCCUGCUGCGCACCAUGGAUUACCUGGUGACACACGUGACCGACGCCGAGACGAGGGACACCGGCGACUGGUUCCAUUUCAUCUGGGAUCGUACGCGUGGCAUCCGAAAGGACAUCACCCAGCAGCAGUUGACCGAUCAGGUCUCGGUCGGACUGGUGGAAAAGUGCGCCCGCUUCCACGUGCACUGCGCCGCCGCGCUCUGCGAGCUCUCUCGUGAUAUGUUCGAUCAGAAGAUUAACAACGAGAAUCUCACCAAGUGUCUGCAGACUCUGAAGCACAUGUACCACGACCUGUCCCUGAAAGGGGUCCGGUGUGAGCGAGAGGCCGAGUUUCGAGCCUACGACAUCCUGCUCAACCUCAACCAGGGAGACACCCUCAGGGAGGCGCAGACGUACAGUGACGAGGUCCGUGAGUCGCCCGAGGUGCAGGCGGCGCUCCGACUGUACGUGGCGCUCUCCUCAAACAACUACGUGCGCUUCUUCAAGCUGGUGCGCCGCGCCGGCUACUUGGCCUCGUGCCUGUUGCAGCGCUAUUUCAACCAGGUCCGCACGCGCGCCCUGGACGUCAUCACGCGCACCUACUGCCCGGCUAAGGCGGUCGUUGAGUUUCCACUGACACAGCUGCAGGAGAUGCUCGGUUUUGAGAGCGAGCAGGAGUGUGCCUCCGCGCUACGCCAGCACGGGAUCGAGUCCGAGGAGGGCACCGCGUUCCUCGAGCGAGUGCAGUUCCAGGUGCCCGACACACCGCCCGAGCUGCGCAAGUGUCCGACGCUCAUCGACGCCAAACGAGAGUUGAGCAUCGGCCAGGCGAUCCAGGGCGGCCCGCUGCCGGCCGAUCCCCUACCCUCCUACCGCCCGCACGACAGUUUCGACGCACAUGGCGUGCUGCGCCGCACGGCGUGGGACGCGCAGGACCAGGGCGGGGUCGAGCUGGCCGCGGAGGUCGCUCCGCCGCCGGCUGACGAUGGCGAGCGGGCGGCCGAGGCGGCGGCCGGCCUGCUGGUGACUGAGGUGGUGACUGAGGAGACCCGCCGCCAGGCGGAGCAGCUGCUGGCGGCCGCGGCCGCGGCACGCCAGCUGUGCGCUCAGCUCUUCCAGGCGACCGUGGACGAGGUGGUCAAGGAGAUGGUCAGGAGCGUGAGCCAGUCGGAGCUAGUGGAGGCGCGUCGACUCCAGGAGGAGCAGAAGCAGCUCCAGGAACAGAGGAGACGGGAGGCCGAGGAGCGGCGCGCCAGAGAGAUACAGGAGCAGGAGCGAGCCAGGAGAGAUCAGGAGAUGAAGGACCGUCUCAGCUCCGUGCUCACCGAGACGCUGAUUGCCGAGGUGUGUCUGGACGAGACGGCCGAUAUUGCCGAACAGGAGAUGCUGACCGUGCAGGCCAAACACAGUGCGGUAGCCGCGAUACACCUGCGACUUUGGACGGAGGGGGCCGACGGGCUGGCACGCCGCACCGCGGAGGAGGUCCUGGCCGAGUGCCGCCGCCAGAGACAGGCACUCAUCCAGACACUCACAGAGAUCGGUCACCGCCUGACCCUGCGCCGUAUGCUGGGCCGCUGGCGGCGGGCGGCAGAGGACGGCCGUCGUCUCCGGGCCGAGCAGCGUCUGUUCCCUGCUGGACGCCCGCUGCACGACGCAGCGACUGCACUGCGACUGCUGGGCGGGCCGAAGGAGCCGCCGCACCCGCCCGCCGACCUCUGGACAGACGGCAGUCUGUGCAGUCUGCUGCUGCACGACCGUCUCUCCACCCAGCCGGUGAGCGUGGCCGCUGUGCUCUCCCGUUCUGGCCGUGCAGCCGUCCCCUCCGGCGGCCACCUGCUGUGGAAACUGGCCGUGCCCGCGCCGGUCGGGUGUCCGCUCACACAGUGGCUGCUAGGGAAACUGGACACUGAUGGAGGACGGACGGUGGAGCUGCCUGACGGCGUUCUGCAGCGGGAGUCUGUGCGGCUCCCGGGCGGCGGCCGGCUCUCCGUCUGUGUCCGGCAGCUGGAGGGCCGGCCGGCAGAGGCGGUCGGCGCCGCCGGACUCCUGCUGGCCUACUCGGGGCCCGAGUCGGCCGGCCGGCUGCACCAGCUGCUGGACCAGCUGCCGCGCGAGCCGCUGCUGCCGCUGGCCGUGCUGGUGGAAGCGGGAGGUCAGCGGGCGGCGCUGGCGCAGCUGCGGCUGCCCGAGCGGCUGGCGGCCGGCGCCGUCACCACCUACCGGCUGUUCGAGCUGCUGCCCGGCGACGGGGUGCAGAGCGGAGAGACGCUGGUGUCGGCGCUGGAGUGGCUGUUUGAACACCGUCCUACCCCGCCCCCGCUGCGGGCCGCCCGGCUGCGUCACCUGGCGCAGGACUUCCUCGGUGUUCAGGUGACCCGGCGGCUCUAUACGGACCUGCAGGCGCGGCGGAACAAGAAGCGCGUGGAACAGAGUCCGGUGGCGGCCGUCUCUCUGUAUAACGCGGCCGUUCGCCACCUGUCUGCGGUGCUCAGCAGCGGCUCGCUGCCGGACCUCUCCUGGCCUCCGGCCGAGCUGGUGGAGCUGACCGACCGGGUCGGCACACAGCGGCCCGAGUCGGCCCUGCCGCCACCCGGCUGGAACCGGCCCGAGCGGCUGCUGCGGAUCCAGCAGGAGGUCAGCGCUCUCUCGCUGCCCCCGCUGGACGUGGACGUCGACUGGAGCUGGACAGAGUGCUGUGCCAAGGUGCUGCAGUACGUCGGACGGUUAUCGGAUGGGGCCGGAGACGGCACGCCGGCUCUGUACAGGGUCCGGAGCCUGCUGCGGGACCGCCUGCAGCUGCUGCGUCGCGCUGCCUGGCCGCUCGAUAAAGACGUCGGCGACCAGCCUCUCUCGGCCAGUCUGCCCUGGACGGACAUCAUACAGUGCUGUAUCGAGGUGCGCACGGACCAACUCAGCGGCUCAGAGGAGGUGUACUACCUGCCUGACGAGCUGGACAACUUCCGUGUGCCGGACGUGUGGACAGAGUACACCUCUGUCGGCCACACCGGAGAGUGUCUGACCCUGGACGAGUCGGUGACCAUCGCCAAACGCUCGCUGGACACCUCUGUCGAUGUCAGUCCCGCUGUGAAGCGGCGACCCGAGAGACACAGCUUCGGUCGACCGACGCUAGAUGUCAGCACCCACAUCGACCGGGAGCUGAACGUCUCCCUGGACUGGGAGCAGCGACUGCGGGAGCUCGUGGACGAGGGUGACGCCAGCGGUGCGAUGGCGCCGCCGCCCCCGCCUCCUCCGGUCCACCUCACCCCGCCGCGGACCGGUCGGCGCGCCAGCCUGGAGCGGCAGCUGUGCCAGCUGCGGGCGCAGCUGUCGGCUGACCGGCGGCACACCGAGCAGCUGGACCGGCUGCUGGCAGCUGCAGCCGGCGGGACGGAGCUGCCGCCGGCACUCGUGGGAUCGCCAGAGUAGCAGCACCGAGCGGCCACAGCCGACGACACCGCUUAUGAUGUGUCUACCGGCUUUUGGUAUCUACCCAACUACCCAAGACCUUACUUUGAAUGCGGCCAAGUCGACACAUCGGACUGCAGUGAUACAGUGCCGAGCUAAAGCGCCAAGUGUGACCGGCUGUGGUGAGCUGUGGUACACCUGAGAUAACCGCAGGAUGUUUGAAAUAGACGUAACAGCGGUUUUCGGCUUGGUACCGGUUCCGUGACGGCCGGUGCGUGUGUCUGUGUCACAGUUGUGUGAUGCAGCUGUGCCAGGAUGUUGACACGGACGUGCACAGCGUUUGCGUGAUACGCCGGUGACAGGGUGACGGAUAUGACGACUGAACAACACAGCGCGCCUCUGGCAGCCCCGGAGAGCGCAAUCUGCAGCCCCGGACCAGUGCGACCAUUAAUCGUGUUUACAUAGCAUUUUUUGACGAGGCUCUAGCUCGUUUAUUUGGUGAUAAUUUCGAUGCAGUGGUCUUCAAAUAUUUAAAGGGGAUCAUUUUGUAAAUUGUUAAGUACCAUUGGCAUCUUUUGUAAUAUCACGGACGGAGAUAUAAGCUUUCAACAAACCCUAUGUAAACGCGUCUCAUGCCGUGUGGGCUGGUCUGCCGGCGCGCAGCUGUAUAACUGCCGGACUGUAUUAGUGACCGGAUGCUUAAUAUGCUCACAACUCGAAUAAUUGGUGCGUUAUUUCGGUAGACGAAUGUAUCCAAACAUGUCAACUAUUCAGGAUGGGUUAACCAAGCUUAGCAUGCCUAUAAUUUCGAAGACUUUUACACAUGUUUGUACAUCGCUCAUGGGUUGGAUGCUAGCUGAUUCAUGGAACGAAUUCUGAAAAUGAAACUGCAACGCUGUGUAUGCUUUCCGUAACGGACGUCUUUUCUCGAAAUAAAUUGUUUUGAUACGAAAA